AUGGAAGAGGAAUUGACUCCGCAAAUCCUCGCCGCCCGCGCAAAACUGCGGGAGCGGUUUGGGCAGGCGUCCCAGCAGCUUGGCGGGAAGGGGACUGCUCGCAGAAAGACGAAGAAAGUCCACAAGUCUGUCGUUGUCGAUGAUAAGAAGCUCCAACUUACUUUAAAGCGGUUGGGCGUCUCCACCAUCUACGGAAUCGAGGAGGUUCUUAUGAUCCAGGACAACGGCAAGGCACUUCAGUUCCUUACGCCUAAAGUGCAGGCUUCGCCCGCUGCCAACACCUACGUCGUGUCUGGCCACUGUGAAGAGAGACCGAACAUGUUCCCUGGGGGACUCCCUGGCAUGUUUUCGCAGCGCGGCGCGGGAGGCGCAGGGGGGAUGAACUUCGACACCUCUCUUAUCACGCCUGAGAUGCUCCGCCAGUUGCAGCAGCAUAUGUCUGCCUUGAAGACAGGUGCGGGUGAAGGCGCGGCAAACGGCGGGGCGGAUGACGCCGCUGAGACUGGCGGUGCGAAGAACAAGGGGGAGGGCGACGACGAUGUCCCUGAGCUUGUUCAAAACUUCGAGGAUGUCUCAAAGCAGUAA